GUGAAUGACUUUGCUGUUAGCAGCCACUCGGUGAACGUAGCUAUUGUAUUAUCUGGAUGCUCUCUAACAGUGGCUCCAAAAUUCCUACCAAAUACUUUGAUCAGUGCAGAUUUUGCAGCCAAUUAUCUCACUAAGAUAUAUGGGCUAACAUUUGGACAGAAACCAAACUUGAGAUCUGUGUAUCUUCAUAACAACAAACUUUCAGAUGCUGGGUUACCUGAUAAUAUGUUCAAUGGCUCUGAUAAUGUGGAGAUACUCAUCAUGUCCAGCAAUUUCUUGAAGUAUGUUCCAAAGAAUCUCCCUCCAGCACUAUAUAAGUUACACUUAAAGAACAACAAGCUAGAGAAGAUUCCCAAAGGAGCCUUCAGUGAACUUACAGGUCUGCGGGAGCUGUAUUUACAGAAUAACUACUUGACUAAUGAAGGAAUGGACAAUGAAACUUUUUGGAAAUUGUCUAGUCUUGAAUAUCUGGAUUUGUCCAGCAAUAACCUCUCACAAAUCCCAAAUGGUUUACCUCGAAACAUCGUCCUCCUCCACCUGGAAAAGAAUGCAAUUAAGGUGAUUGGCAGAGAUGUCUUGACCCAAAUUAAGAACCUGGAGUACCUUCUGCUCCACAAUAACAAAUUAAAAGCCCGAGGUAUUCACCCGUUAGCCUUCCAGGGCUUAAAGAAGCUGCACACUGUCCACCUAUACAACAACAUGCUGGAAAGGAUUCCCAGUGGGCUGCCCCGGCGAGUGAAAACACUUAUGAUCCUUCAUAACCAGAUCUCUGAGAUUAACAGGAAUGACUUUGCUACCACUUACUUCCUUGAAGAGCUGAACCUGAGCUACAAUAAGCUCAAAAGUCCCCAGAUCCAUCGGGAAGCCUUCCGUAAACUGAGGCAACUGAAGUCCUUGGAUCUUUCUGGAAACAAUCUCCACACCGUGCCCUUUGGCUUUCCAAAGAACUUGCAGAUUCUGAAGCUGAAGGAGAACGAGAUAAGCAUCAUCCCAAAAGGGACUUUGUCUGGGAUGACAAAGCUGCGGGAACUAUAUUUGAGCAACAAUAAACUGAAAGUAAAUUCAAUUUAUUCAAGAGCGUGGAGAGAACUCAGCAGUCUCCAGUCACUAGACAUGGCUGGCAACCAGCUGACUUCUAUCCCAUCAGGCCUACCAGAAUCUCUAGAAUAUCUGUAUCUUCAGAACAACAAGAUCACAACAGUUUCAGAGAAUGCUUUUGAAUCCACGCCCAAAAUAAAGGGGAUUUACCUCAGGUUUAAUAAGAUUGCAGUUGGAGCACUGAAGGAAAGUACCUUCCAAAACCUAAAGCACUUACAGGUGCUGGAUAUUGAAGGGAACCUUGAAUUCAGCAACAGUUCAAAGAAUAAGGAUGACUCAGAAGAAGAAAUGGAAGAUGAGGAAGAAGAACUGAGAUAA